CCCAUCAAUGUUAAAAAUCCAAUUAUAUUGUGAAGAAAAAGACAACGGCGUUCAAAAAUUAUCUUGAAAGUUUGACAAACUUUUAAUAUAAAACAAAAUUUCCGAACCAAGACGUUGCAAUUUAGUUAAUUAUACGGUCACGAAAUGAUUAUCACCGUAAAAACUAUGAAGAGGGAGAAAUUCGCAAUCGAAUUCGAUCCACAAAAGACGGUAUUUCAAUUGAAGGAAAAAAUCUUUUCAGAACGUGGAGCGAACUACGUUGUAGAAAAUCAAAAACUGAUAUACGAUGGUAUGACACUCAAGGAUGAGCACAAUAUCAAUUCCUACAAUAUAGAGGAAAAGAAGGCUGUUAUGCUAAUACUCAAACGCGAUUUCGAGAAUUAUAUUCAAAAACCAGAAAAAGCUGAUUUUUCAGUAGGAAUCUCUUCGCAAAUAUCUGAUGGAGCUAAUAAUAAUAUAGAUCAUGGUUCCAAAACAGUGUACAACACAUUGAUACAAAAACCAGAUGAACUGACCCUGGAUGUUGAAGCGGUUUCAAGUAGUAGUGAUAAUGAUUUAGAUGAGGGCAAUAAGUCUGAAAAGAGUGUUGCCAAUGAUGGAGUGGCCACUGAUUACUCUACUCGGAGUAAUAAUAGUAUAUUAUCCAGUACAUCUGGCGAGCAGCCUUUUUCCAAAAGCAGUAAUAGAUCUGGAGGUUCCGAAAACAGCAACAGCACUUACUCAAGUGGUGAUCUCGCAGGCGUUUUUUCUAAUAUUUCGCUGCAAUCAUUAGUUGAAUCAAGUUUACCAAAAAGUAAAGAGCACAGCCACACUAUUGAGUCUAUAGUCGAAAUGGGGUUUAGUAGAGAAAUCGUAGAACAAGCAAUGUCACUUAAUUUCAAUAAUCCUGAGCGUGCAGUAGAAUCUUUAAUUAGCGGACAAAUCGAAUCAUUAAUUCGGCUUAGUGCAGGUAAAGCAGCUGAGAACUGCGUUACUAAAAAUGAUGAUGAUAAACUUGGUGAUUUUGAAAUAGAACAUGCUAAGUUUUGUAAUAAGGGAUUGGAUGACAAUGAUGAACUAAUGCCCACUGAUGAUGGCACUACAAAGGGGAAAGCUAAGAAUGCUAAUACAGUGACGCGAGGUAAAUCCAAGCCUGCAACUUCAAGAAAAGCUUGGUUUGUAGGAAGCGACUGUAUGGAAGAUAACGGUAUUGGAGCUGUUCUAGGUCCUGUGGAAAGCAAUACAAGUAUAAUAUCUAGUGGGUCUAGUUCAUUUCGCCUUUCCGAAAGAAGUACUAGAUCUGGUGAUUCUGAAACUAGUCAUAGUACAUUCUCAAGUGGUGACCUUGUUGGAGUAUUUUCAAAUACUUCACUACAGUCACGAUCCGAUGCCAAUAUGCCCACAAAUGAAGAGUACAAUCGCGCUGUAGACUCAAUGAUGGAAAUGGGCUUUAGUAGGGAUACGGCUGUGCGUGCUAUGGCAGCUAGUUUUAACAGUUUCGAACGUGCCUUGGAGUACUUGAUUAGUGGAAUGUCCGAAAAUUCAGAUAGUAUUAAUACUAAUACAAUUAGUGAGGACAACAAUUAUAUCAAUAACUGCGAAAGACGUCAUAUCAGCAGCAAUGAAGGAGGUGGUGAUGGAGUAGAAAAUUCCGAUCAUAGAAAUGAACAGCAAGACGACGAGCAAAGGUCCUUAGAGGGUAACCAAGCAACAUUGCGUUAUCUUGUUGGCCCUGAACGAGGAGUCGCCUUCGAAAUGUUUCGUAAUCAGCCGCAGUUUCUACUGAUGCGUUCCUUGAUGUAUCAGAAUCCUGAUGUCUUACAUGAAGUGCUUCAACAGAUCGGUCAAACAAAUCCAGCCCUCUUGCAACUUAUAUCGGAAAAUCAAGAUGCAUUUUUAAGUAUGCUUGGCGAAAACAUGGAAGAGCAAACUAAUAAUGAUGCAAGCCAGGAAUACCCUCGUCGGAUGACCGCGGGAAGACGUGCACAGCUUGCAGCCGCUGUUCGUGCUGCAGCUGGUGGAGAUGGAUUGCAUGUACGAUCUGUGGACAUAGCACCUGGUGCGGGAGGUGAUGGACUGCUUACACAUCAGCGUCCUGGAGAAAGCGGCGAUGCAGGUGCCGAUACAGUACCUCAUAGCAUUACACUACCUCGACUAAAUAGAGUGGCAGAGCGACGCGCUGCCGCUGUGGAUGCCUUCUUGAGGGAAAGAGCUGCAGCUGCAGCGACGGUGGCUGCAUUGACUGCAGAUACUUCUGGCAUAGUUCAAAGUAAUACAGAUGAAUGCCGAAAUGAUAUUAGCGCUACAUGUAUAGAUUCAGAGAGAUAUACGGAUGUGGAUGAUAAUGCACCGUUCCUAACUGGCUGUGAUGAGGAAGCAAUUCAGCGUCUGAAAGCUCUCGGAUUUGCAGAAAACUUAGUAUUAGAGGCAUAUCUAGCUUGCCAAAAGGAUGAAGAAUCGGCAGCAAAUCUUUUGAUAUCUUCAUCAAAUGAAAAUUUGGAAGAAGUUUAAUGACACUAUUUUUCUUAAAGAUUGAUUAACAUUUUAGUUUUUUAAGUUUAGUCUUCUUAUUAUACAACUUUGUAAGCUUCAUUUUGAAGUUUUUAUAAUUUCACAGCAAUAUACUAUG